AUGAUGGCACAAAGAGGAACGCGCAUUGGGCCGCUGCCUGGGGGGCGCCGGGGCGCGUCUGGAGCUGGCGCUGGACGCGGCAGCAUGCGGGCCGCCAGCCGAGCGCGAGGAGCUGCACGAUCACCUAGCAGCCCCUCGCAUCCAUCAUCCCCACCAGAAGGCUUGGUGUCGGCUGGGUCUUCUCGGACUCAGCAAGCGGCACCCGCCGCUGGUGGAGCACGUCGCAUGCGUUGGACAAAACCUAUGAAUGAAAACGCAUUGCGGGCGUACUAUAGGGCGAAAGGGGAAGAAACUGUGGGAAUAGCGUAUAGGUCUCGGAUGCAUUGCUUUUUUGCUGAGCUGGAGCCUUCUACCCCCGUCACGGAACAAAACCUGGCAGACCGAGUUCGGUACAUCAUGCGCUCGAAAAUAUUUGAUGAUGCCGAACUCGGACGACUACGACGUGAGGCUAUUCCGUCGUCGAAUGAAUCGGCUAUGGCUGGAGAUGCAGCUCCACAUUCGACAGACCAGCAUCCACACGUGGAAGCCGCCCUGGAUCUUCCCGUUGUGGUUGAUUCGAACGACGAUGGAAUAGUCUCCCAUGAACUAGAGAAAAUGAGGAGUAUACUGGAAGAGGCGAUUUUGGAAACGCGCAGCACCCCUAUCGAAAAUCGACCGCGACUUCCCCGCAUACCCCUAAGCAAGCGAAAUCGGGCUGUCGUGAGGGCUCUUAACCCAAUGCUGGUGACCUAUUUGGAAGCCAGCCGGGACCUUUGCGAGACGGACUCAAUUCUCUUUGGCGCCGCAGUGGCAGUUUGCCGUAUUAUUGGCGCCAAACUUCCCAUGGCUGGACGCGCUACUACACAAAGUAGCGCCAUCCCAGCCUGGAGAAAAAGAAUCGAGGACCGUAUCGCAAAGGCAAGGGCCCUUAUCGGCAGACUGACAAGCUUCAGGUCGGGUAAUAAUAGACCGAGGAUUAUGCGCACCGUUAGGAUGGCGUUUGCUGGGACAAAUAUCAGUUUGUCCCAGCCGGAUAUCACGCAGAAACUAACGGAGCGCAUAGACGACCUGAAGCAAAAGAUCGCUGCUUGGGGGAAGCGGAUUCGACGAUUUACCGACAGGUCAAGGCGGUUCAACCAGAAUCGUCUCUUCCAGAGUGAUCAGAAGAGGCUCUAUAAAUCAUUGGAGCGGCCAAAGGUAUGUGGAGCGGGCCAAGGACCGGAUCAGGCAGACAUUAUCGCAUUCUGGCGUGGCCUGUGGUCAGAGCCCGUAAACCACAGCGAGGGCCCUUGGAUGGAAGUUGUGGCGAGCCAGGGUGCGAGUGUUACGCCUAUGGACCCCAUCACCGUAACGCCGGAAGAUGUGGCUGAGGCGUAUCUAAUGUUGUAUGCUGGAACAAAUGUUAGUUUGUCCCUGACGGAUAUAAUGCAAAAAAUGACGGAGCGCAUAGACGACCUGAAGCAGAGAAUUGCUGCUUGGGGAAAGCGGAUUCGACGAUAUACCGAGAGGUCGACACAGUUUAACAAGAAUCGUCUCUUCCAGAGUGAUCAGAAGAGGCUCUUUAAAUCGUUGGAGCGACCAAUGGUAAGUGAAACGGGCCCAGCACCGAAUCAGGCCGACACUGUAGCAUUCUGGCGCGGCCUGUGGUCAGAGCCCAUAAACCACAGCGAGGGCCUUUGCACGGAAGUUGUGGCGAGUCAGUGUGCUAGUAUAACGCCCAUGGACCCCGUCACCAUAACGCCGGAUGACGUAGCUGAGGCAGUCCGUAGGGCCCCGAACUGGAAAAGUCCGGGACUCGACGGGCUGCAUUACUACUGGCUGAAGGGGUUUGUGGUGUGUCACACUGUGCUCGCCCGACAGUUCCAAGAGGCUCCCAACCAGAAGUCGCUCCCGAGCCUCUUCACUACUGGGAUCACGCAUUUGAGCCAUGAUGCUUUACCAAAUUCAGAUCACGUGCAAAUCGAUUUAACCUGCAACGAAGUGAUGCCGUUAGAACAACUCUCAUUUAAUGUAACUGAACAAAAUGAUAUAAGUUCAUCAACGUACGCGUUGCAAUGUGGUUUUGAUUCCGACGACUCUUUGCGUGAUAAAUACUAUCUCCCAUCUGAUUCAAGUAGUCAUUCAAGUGACGAUUUUGAAUCAGUUAAAUCGAGUAGCCAAAAGUCCCAAGUGUUACAAACAAACGGAAGUUCUAAAAAAAAGAUUCACAAUCCAUAUUUCCACCACUUGUGGUCACAGAAAGCUUAA